AUGUCAUCAUCUAGUACCACAAGAGACGUUGAGAAAGGCAAUGCAGGCUCAGACUAUGCGCAUCUAAGCAAUGAUGAAGUGAAGAGCUUCAGUUGGGAAGAUGUCACGGUCACAGUCAAAGACAGGGUGUCGAAAGAGCCAAUUGAUCUUCUUUCCAACGUUAGCGGAAUGAUUGAAGCAGGCGAGAUGAUGGCUCUGAUGGGUCCCAGUAACUUCAGUGGCUCUGGAAAAACUACCCUCCUCAACAUCCUUGCCCACCGCGCCGCGAUACCUAAAGCCACCAUUCAACAAACCCUCCGCAUCAACGGUGCCCCAACAGCACUAUCGUCGUUUCGCAAAAUGAGUUCUUACGUCGAGCAGGAAGACGCUCUGAUCGGCUCCCUCACCGUCCGCGAAACACUCUACUUCGCCGCUCAACUCGCACUCCCAAGUUCCGUACCAGCAGCUUCCCGCAAGGCCCUUAUAACUUCUCUCCUGUCAUCCUUCGGCCUCACCGCCCAAGCCGAUACACUGAUCGGUACGCCCAUCCGCAAGGGUGUGUCUGGCGGUCAGAAAAGACGUGUCAGCGUCGCCAGUCAACUGAUCACGUCCCCAAAGAUACUCUUCCUCGACGAACCGACAAGUGGACUUGACUCUGCGGCUAGCUACGAAGUCAUCAAGUUCGUUCAGGGUAUCGCGAAGAAGUACAAGAUCUUGGUGAUUGCGUCCAUUCAUCAGCCGAGUACUGCGACCUUUGGGUUGUUUGACAAGCUGAUGUUGUUGAGCCGGGGGAAGUGCGUUUACAAUGGCGAGGUUGAGGGAGUCAAGGAGUGGUUCGAGGGACUGGGAUAUGAGAUGCCGUUGUACACUAAUCCAGCCGAGUUUGUUAUCGACCUGAUCAACACUGAUUUCUCCCAAGACGACACCGCCGCAUCGCAACGCCUCUCCCAUCUCCACACUUCCUGGGCCACAUCCCCUGCAGCAGCAACACUGUCCGCAAACCUCCGCGUCGCCGCCAAAAUGCCAUCCAGUUCCCCCCAAUCCUCUGCGCCCACUUCUUCCAGCACACGCGUAUCUGCUCUCUCAACCCUCUUACCCCUGGUCCACCGCUCUUUCAUCAAAUCCCACCGCGAUAUCGUCGCGUACGGCAUCCGAAUAGCCAUGUAUCUCGGUCUGGCUAUCAUGAUGGGCACAGUCUGGCUGCGACUCUCUCCCACCCAAUCCAACAUCCAAGCAUUUACCAACGCUAUUUUCUUCGGUGGCGCCUUCAUGUCCUUCAUGGCCGUCGCUUAUAUCCCCGCGUACCUCGAAGACCUCGCUAUUUACUCCAAAGAACGCGCGAAUGGGCUUUACGGACCUACGGCGUUCAUGCUGGCUAAUUUUAUCGUGGGAAUUCCGUACCUCUUCCUCAUCACCGUGCUGUUCAGCGUGGUGAGUUAUUGGCUAGGGGGUUUCAGACCGAGUGCAGAGGGGUUUUGGAUGUGGGUACUUUGGCUGUUCCUGGACCUGCUGGCUGCAGAGUCUUUGGUGGUGUUGCUUUCGAGCCUCAUUCCUAUAUUCGUUGUGGCACUUGCUGCCACGGCGUUUGCGAAUGGGCUUUGGAUGUGCGUGAAUGGGUUCAUGGUGCAGCCCGAUACGCUGAAUGUAUUUUGGAGGCGUAUGUAUUCCGCGGGAUGA